CUAAUACACACAACUCUUCACGCGAUUACUAUUAAUAACUAAUAUAAUUACACAAACGCACAACACACACGCACUCACUCACUCCGUAGAGUUUGGUGGAGAUCGCAUCACCUUCCUCUCUUACGAACUCAUCGCUUUCUCUGUUUAAACAUGUCAACUGUGAGACUUCCAACAUCUUGUGUAUUCAAAACUGCACCACCAAGCAGAACUUCUGGCUCAUUCAAAUGUGCAAUCCCAAGCAGAUCUAGCGCAUUUGUUAAGAGCCCCGCAUCUCUUGGUUCUGUAAAAAGUGUUUCCAAAGCAUUUGGCUUGAAGUCUUCUUCAUUCAAAGUGUCUGCAGCAACCUACAAAGUGAAACUGAUUUUACCAGAUGGUGAGGAAUGUGAGUUCGAAGCUCCUGAUGAUGCUUACAUCCUCGACUCUGCUGAAGCUGCAGGAGUGGAUCUGCCCUACUCAUGCAGGGCUGGCGCCUGCUCUACUUGUGCCGGGCAGUUGAGUGAGGGCUCUGUGGACCAAACAGAUGGAUCAUUCCUCGACGACAAGCAGAUGGAGAAAGGUUAUCUGCUAACCUGUAUCUCAUAUCCGAAAUCCGACUGUGUGAUUCAUACACACAAGGAAGAGGAGCUUUUCUAGUUAAUGUUAUGAGCUUCACUUUUGCUUUUAGUGAGUGUUAUGCUAGAAAUACUAAGAAUAUUUUUAACCAGGCUGGUAAUGUUGGCCACCUGAUGUUUGGGAUAGUGUCUUUAGAUUUUCAAAUGUGUUAUGCUAGAAAUACUAAGAAUAUUUUUAACCAGGCUGGUAAUGUUGGCCACCUGCUGUUUGGGAUAGUGUCUUUAGAUUUUCAAAUGUGAUGACUCAAUGUUGCUGAUUUAAAUUUCAUAUUGAGUUGAAUGUU